UAAUCACCUCGAGUGACUUGCAAAUGUUAGGCAAAAUGAAAGAAUAUUAGAUAUUAAGAAAGAGAAAUUCGAGUUUUAGAGUACAUUUCCUCAAUGAAUAUUAAAGUUAAAUCGUGCUCUUAUAGAGGACAUAUAAAAUAAUAGGUUCUAUAUAUACAUAUAAUAGCAGAACCUAAUAGUACAUUUUAAUGGGCCCAUCAUUUUAUAUUACACAAUCCAAAGUUUUAAUAUGAAAAACAGACUUUCUUUAAAAUACGAAUGAUUACGGACAGUGGCAAGACUAAUUAUCUACUUAUUAAACUCUGACGGAAUAAUACCUGCAGUUUUUCAUAUCAAUUUCCUACGCCCCACAUCUUUCCGUACUUUGUAAAAAUGUGAUUUUAGUAAAAUCGCGCGGCUUUAACCUGAAAAACGUUCGCCUGGGAAGCCCGUCGCUUAUCAAAACAAGAGGCGUGGGGAUUUGAUAAAAAAAUUCCGAAAAUCUAUCUCGGUUUUCGCGCCGUCCAUGCGCCGACGGCGUCGAUCAAUAUCGUCGUGCGGGCAGAUACAAGCGCGCGCAUGCAUGGUAGCGGUUCGAUAGCGACGACGAGCCCGUUCCUAUCUUGCCGCGCAUCCUGGAAUUCUGCGCUUCUGCGAGAGGAGAGCGAUACCGCGGAUUAUCUUGCACAUCAGUGAAAAGACGCAGAGAUCUGUCGCGAUGUCGAGCAGCAAGUGCGUGAAGCAGCCGCGCAAGGCGUACACCAAGGAGCAGCAUGAGAUGACGCAUUCCGAGAAGCUGAGGCUGAUCGACGACGAGCUCAACUCCUUUUACAAGUACUGCCAGCAGGCGGGCUUCACCGAGGAGGAGAUGGACAUUAUUUGCCAGCCGCUCGUGGCGGCGAUGCGUCGCUCAUGGUUGCAGCUCGUCUUUCGCGGCACCCUGGUACUGAUAGUGCUGGGUACGCUGGCGUGUCUCGCGGCUCAGCUGGACUUCGUUGGUACCCAUUUCACCGCCCUCAGCCGUCUGCUGCUGAUCAAAGUCUUGCCGAUCUGGAACUGGCAACCGCUCUACUACGAAAAUUGCAUGAUCAACAAUCCUUUCUACAACGAUUACACUAUCACGGAAGAGGACUGCGUGACCUGCGAGGCACUGGAGACGAUUGAUCGUCUGUCGGACGUGCGGUAUCGUAAUCUGGUCGACAAUUAUCUGAAUCGCGACGCACCGGCCAUCAUCACCGACGCGAUGGACUCCUGGGCGGUCAUGAAUACCGACUACUUCUGGUUCGAUAAUAUCACUCACCUUUAUUUGGAGAACGAACGGCUGAUGGAGACGGUACCCUGCGCCCUGACCUCGAAUCUCCGUACCGGCUCGUCCGACCUCGCGGCGUUUCUGCGACGCGUGCACGCGCCCGAGGUGGCCAAGUGGUUCGUCCACUGGCAGAACUGCGACAUCAACGCCGUGAAGGUCCUCAGAAAGUACUAUCAACGACCGUACUUCCUCUCCAGCACGGUCUCGCCGGCGCAUUUCAACUGGGUGCUCAUGUCCUCGGACUACAACAGCCCGAGCUACAAGAAGGUCGAGCUCGACUCCGGUCUGAUAGCCCUCGCUCAGCUCCGCGGCGCGACCCAGCUGCGUCUCACCCCUAUAAACCCAUGCAACAGCUCGUGUCCUGAGCUGAUCGCCGAUCUGCAUCAGGGCGAGAUGCUCGUUUUCACGAACGUGAUGUGGACGCUCGAGUACGCACCGAUGCGCGGCCUGGACAACAUCGCCAUACUCACGGAGACCGUCUGGGAGGAAGACACGUAGACUGUGCCGUCGUCCUGAGGAGAUCGUCUUGUCGUCACGCAAAAAAAAAUACUCUUAGUCCCACAAUACUCUUUGACGUGACAGGUAUAUAUCGAUUCGAUAUAUUGUAUACUCAUUAUGAUACGUACUAAAUAAAAAUUGAGCAUUCUGGUUUCCGACUGAA